AUGGCAGAUGAAAGCAUGGUUCGAGCCAUAGUGGAUCUGUUUUCUGCGGGGACAGAAACUACUUCUCUCUCCACUACUUGGGCCAUCCUCUUUUUGGUGUGCUACCCAGAAAUCCAGAGGGAAUUGCACAAAGAAAUAAUGCAGGUGAUUGACAAUGGCCGCCGCCCUUCUCUCCAAGACAAGCCGCACCUGCCCUAUGUGCAGGCGUUCAUCUCUGAUAUGAUGCGGGUUGUUAAUAUUGCACCUACAUCCGUCCCCCACGUGACCCAAGAUGAAGUGGAGUUGUGUGGGUACGUAAUACCAAAACGCACUGUCUGCACGGCGAACAUCUACUCGGUUCACAUGGACCCCAAGGAGUGGCCCGAACCCGAGGAGUUUCGACCUGAGAGGUGGAUCAACAAGGCUGGUCCCCGUGCCUGCCUUGGUGAGCAGUUGGCCAGGAUUGAAUUUUUUCUCUUCCUGACCUCGAUGGUUCAGCAGUACGAGUUCUCCGCGCCCACCGGAACGCUCGGGAAUCACCUGACUACGAGCUUUACAUCAUGA